UUUUGCACUGUGGGCUCAGGGGCAAUUGCACAUGGCGGCACCGGGAGUGAAUGUGUGUAUAUUUGUAAUCUUUACUUUAAAAAAUUAAAUCGAGACCUGACCAAUGCCUCUCUCCGACCUGAUUGCUUCCUUGGGGAGCAAUCCGUACUUUUCAGCUGGAUUUGGCUUAGUUGGUGUUGGUGCCGGACUUGCAGCGUUGAAGAAAGGUGGCCAGUUCGCCUUCACUGCUUUUCGUCGAUACGCCAUCAUCACGCUUGAAGUUCCAAGCAAAGACAAGAGUUAUCACUGGAUUUUACAAUGGAUCGCUGCUCAGGGUCAAAGAGCUCAACAUCUUAGUGUAGAGACAACCUAUCAACAGCACGAAACUGGCAAAGUGAGCACGCGUUUUGAUUUCUCUCCAAGUCCAGGAUUGCAUUUUUUCAAGUACAAAAACAGCUUCGUGCGCGUCGAGAGAUCGCGAGAGAAAAUGGUUGAUCUCACCACGGGUGCACCAUGGGAAACUGUAACUCUAACAGCGCUUGCCACAAACAAACAACUCUUCUUUGAUAUCUUAAGCGAGGCAAGACGCAUGGCACUUGAGAAACAGGAGGGAAAAACGGUGAUGUAUAUAGCAAUGGGGGCAGAUUGGAGGCCGUUUGGGUUUCCAAGACGCAAAAGGCCUUUAGACUCUGUUAUUUUAGAUGAUGGUAUAUCAGAAAGAAUCUUGGCUGAUGUUAAAGAGUUCAUUGCAUCAACCAAGUGGUACAUAGAUAGAGGUAUCUCAUUACAUACUAAUCAAACUAAUGCUUAACUUUUGAAAGUGAACAACCAUGAUAUGUAAACUGAUUAAUUUGGGCAUACACUGUACACAUACAAGAGGUGGAAUAGAGGUACAUAGUGUACAGUGUGAUCAUUAAGGUGAACUUACUGAUAUUGGUUCAAAAAUAUUGAGGUUACAUCCAAUUUCCAUCAGUCUAUGGGAGGAUAUCUCGUGUGAUAUCAUUAAUUAUACCAUGCAAUAGAAAGUACAGCCAAUCAAAAUACAGGGGAGCUGUUGUAUAUUCAAUGGUAUUACAUUCAACCUUCUCAUCAUGUGCCAUGCAUAUGUUGCAUUGAUUACAUUGGCCACUGUAUUUUCUAUGGCAUGAUAUAAAAUAGUUAUACAACAGUCUCUCGUGGUAUACCAUGGCAUAUCCCACUUGUCACUUGUAUUUUCUUGAUAUACACACUCUCCUGAAGGCUUGUGCUUAUACUGAGAAAAUUCAAGUGACUCGUGAGACAUUCCAUGGUAUAUCACUUGAAGGCAUUGCAUAACUAGUAUGUACUUUCAUAUGUAAGGCUCAAAAAAUCUGAUCCCAAAUAGACUUAACUUGAGCUGAUGGAUUACUUACAUGUAGCAAGAAUCAAGGCCCCUUUGAUAAACAAUCCUAAUUGUCAGGU